AUGGGCUGCAGCCCACUCAAGCCCAGUGAUUCUUAUUCUGCUGACCCCUGUUACAACUACACUGUGCUUGCUAAUCCAUGGAGAGCCACCAGUUAUACAUAUUCCUCCAACUGUGACACCUCAGUCAGCUGGAGAGGCUGGUAUCGUCUCUUCAUUAACGGUGUGAGCGCUCACAUCCCAGACACGUGUGUUGCAUAUAGUCGCUGUGGUACUGGUAUCACACUGUGGAUUCGUGGUGGACACCCAACAGUUGAGGAUGGAGUUGUCACUCGAGAUGUCUGCGGUCACUGGAACAAGUACUGCUGCUAUUUUGGGUCUUACCCCAUUAAAGUCAAAGCCUGUCCAGGAAAUUAUUAUGUCUAUGAGCUGGCCACAGGAAAAUGUGUAGAAAAUCUUCUUGGCCUGAUAGAGAACUCAACAGUUCAAGUGCUUGCUUUGAAUGAUGUGACAACAUUUUUGGAUGUGGUCCUCAACGCUACAGAGAAGUUUUUAGACUCAUCGUCAGCUGACCCAAAAAAACUUGUGUCACAUGGAAACCGUCUGUUAAAAGCCAGCGAGAAACUCGUGUCCAUGCUGGUGAAACAGACAAACACAAGUGAAUAUGUCAAUUUUACUCUUGACACUGUGGAGGGACAAGUCUUCAUGGUUGGACCAAAGGUCACCUUAGAUAAAAUCCCUCGACUCGACACGACCGAUUCUUCUGUGGACAUCGAUCUCAUUGGGAUCGCCAAGAACAACAAUGAAACAAAAUCAGCUGCUGUGGCUUUCAUGAGCUACAACACGAUGGAGAAUCUACUGAAGCCAGACUUCUUCAACACAUCCAAUGACACGAUUAAAACCAUGAUGUCCACUGUGAUCUCAGCUACUCUUCCCAAAACCACCAACACUAAACUAACUAAACCAGUCAACUUCACCCUCAGACACAUCAGAGAGUUUGAUCCCAGCGGUUCUCUGUUCUGUGUGUACUGGAAUAUCAGCGAGUGGAUUGUAGAUGGUUGUUCUGUUUUAAAGACCACCAGCAGCUAUACUGUGUGUUCCUGUCAUCAUCUGUCCACAUUCGCUCUCAUCAUGCAAACCAGCCGCCGUGAGUCAGAGAGCGACUCACUGCUGGAGCUGUUGAAUUUGGUGUGUGUGAUCGUGGGGCUGGCGUUCUUCAGUUUGGCCCUGUUGACCUUUGCCCUUUGUCAGUGGAGUCCUGGAGUGAAUAAUGUGGCUCGAAUCAACAUCUGCAUCAGUCUUCUGUUGGCUCACCUUCUGUUUCUGCUCACACAGCGGUUCCUGAGCCUCAUACGGCCUCUGCAGGUGUUGUGUGCUGUGAUCUCAGGCCUUCUGCACUUCCUCUUUCUCUCCGGCUUUGUGUGGAUGUUCAUUGAAGCUGUGCUGCUCUUCAUCUGUGUGAAGAACCUAUCACAGAUCAGCUCCAAAAAGAGGGAGGUGCUUAGCAGUGGAUUCCUGUGUGUGAUUGGAUAUCUGGUUGCUCUGGUUGUGGUGUGUGUGUCUGUCGGUCUGGUUCCUGAAGGCUACGGCAGCGAAGAUUGCUGGAUUAAAAAAGAAAAAGGUUUUAUCUGGAGUUUUCUGGGUCCUGUUUGUGUCAUACUUGCCUUAAACAUAAUUUUCUUCAUAAGGAUUGUCAUCACUCUGAACUCAACCCUCAAAAAUCUCAACGCUGAAGUUUCACAGAUGAAACAAACCAAGAUUAUGGCGUUUAAAACACUGGCUCAGUUUGUGGUUCUUGGUUGCUCCUGGAUUCUGGUUUUCUUCUCUAAUGGCAGUAAGGUGCUGGAGAUCCUCUUCCUGGUCUUGAACUCCCAGCAGGGAACCUUCAUCUUCCUGAUCUAUUGUGUCCUCAAUAAUGAGGUCAGGCAGCAGUACAGGAACUUCUUCAGAUGUCUUUGCUGUGGACGCAAACAACAAUGAGGACUACAGCAUCAGGUUCAGGAAAUGAGCGAAGGUCCAUUGUCAUACAGUAAAAUACCACUACGACAGAAUCAAUGCCUUUACAUGUUACAUGACAGUCUCUGCUUUUAUUUGUAAAUGAGCAAUUUUACAAGUCUUAUUUUAUAGCCAUCAUUCAUUUAGAUGUAAAUAUUAACUUUCUUUAACUGUCGGUUUCUUUUUUCUUGUUGGAUAUUUUAGACCCAUGUGUGAUUUAUUGUACUUCAGACCCCUCAAGUGA